AUGAUGAAAGCUCGCCCCCGAUUGAGUUUGUUCUCAGCCCUACGGUCUCCAUAUUCUACACGCCGCUUCGCGACCGAGUCGCGGUUAACCUCGGACCAUGUCCGUAUCGUGGAGGUUGGCGCUCGAGAUGGACUGCAAAACGAGAAGAAAUCAAUUCCAAUGCAAACAAAGCUUGAGUUGAUUGAACGACUGGCUAAAACGGGCGUUGCCACUAUUGAAGCUGGCUCAUUCGUGCCCGCAAAAUGGGUACCCCAGAUGGCAAGCACAGCUGAAAUUUGCGAGCAUCUUCUCACAAAACCGCCACAAGCACAAUCUACAAUCGCCUACAACUAUCUUGUCCCCAACGUCAGAGGACUGGAGAGCCUGGUCAAGAUACUUGAUGGCACAGGAGUUCCCGCAGAUGCGACUGGAGAGACAUCGACCACUACAGAGGUGUCUCUUUUUGCUGCAGCAACGGAAGCUUUCUCAAAAGCGAACACUAACUGCUCUAUUGCCGAGUCACUCGAGCGCAUCAAGCCGAUUAUGUCAUUAGCAAAGACGAAGAAUAUCCGGGUACGCGGAUAUGUCUCUGUUGCCUUAGGAUGCCCCUAUGAAGGCCCCGAUGUGAAUCCCGUCAAGGUGGCUGAGAUUACCGCCACGCUGCUGGAGAUGGGAGCGGAUGAGGUCUCAGUGGCGGACACAACGGGUAUGGGCACCGCUCCCCGGACCAUGGAGCUUCUGCAAGCUCUCAAGGCUGCUGGCAUCGCUAAUGCAGACUUGGCGUUGCACUUCCAUGAUACCUAUGGACAGGCCCUGGUGAACACAAUCGUCGGCCUUGAGCAUGGUGUCCGUAUUUUCGACAGCAGUGUGGGCGGGCUUGGCGGUUGCCCAUAUUCCAAAGGUGCGACAGGCAAUGUGGCGACAGAGGACCUUGUGCAUACUAUUCAUAGCCUGGGGAUGCACACCGGGAUUAACCUGGAUGAGAUGUCGAAGAUUGGAGGUUGGAUUAGUGGGGAGUUGGGCCGAGCGAAUGAUAGCCGGGCUGGAAAAGCGACUCUGGCUCGCCUGGCGGGAGAAAAAGCGUCGCUUUGA